AUUGGAUUCAACCAUCGUCGGCCUUGAUUUGCCAUGGGGCAAGGUGUGUCCGUCGGGCUGUCCGUGCCCUUGGCUGAAGAGCUCUUGUCGGAAUUGGCCCAGUACACCUUAGAGGCACCCGCGAGCUCAUGGGGAAGCCAGUCGACGGAGUCAUGCGCACGAUUCCGCUGGGCUGUGAACGUGGGCUGCUGGAUGCCAGAUGGUGGCUCACAUGGAGAAGAAUUCCGGCUCUUGUUGUCUUUGUUGCCCUUCGAAGAGCAGCAGGCGGUGAUGCAGUACCGGACCUUGCCAGAUCGCAAGCGCACGUUGGUUGGCCGCUUGCUGUCCCUAAGAGCGUGUGCACAGGCUUUGGGAGACCCAACCUAUGAUCACAUUCAAAUUGGCAGAACGAAGGGCAAAAAGCCCUUUUUGCACUCACCUCUGCCUGGCAGUUUGCCGAACUUCAACUUCAACAUCUCCCAUGAUGGCAACUGGGUCGUUUUGGCCUCCGAUUGCUUGUAUUUGGUGGGUGUUGACGUUUCUGCUCCUCAAAUUGAUCGUGGAGAGCCGGACGAUGAGACCUGGUUUCAGGACAUGACCUCUGUUUUGACUGAGACUGAGAGGGAGACCAUCAGGAGAGGCAAGACACACCAAGAGCGCUACGCGAUUUUCCAGAGGAUUUGGUCUGCCAAGGAAGCGGUGGCCAAGGCAGUUGGUCAAGGCCUGUCCUUCGGCCUGGAAAGGAUGGAGGUGUCCUUUCCAGAACUGGAGGAGGAGGGCAUCGGCAGUCUGGUCUGGUCAGCCAUGGGCUGGUCCAGGUCUGAGGAGCACCCGCCCAAACGAGGUCGGACACACUUCUCAUCCUUAUUGGCCAACUUGCAAGGUGGGGCUCGAGGGGAUCGGCAAAGCAAGAGGCUGGAGGAUGGCAGGGUUCUUCAAGGGAAGCCGUGCAAAGUAGAAUUGCAUAUCGACCACUGGCUGCGGACAGACUGGAUGGUGGAGCAACAGGAAUUCUCGGGUGGAUCCUGGGUGACCGUGGCGUUGGGUCCUGUGGAUGACGCUGUGGAUGCCGACGGGAACUUCAAAACGACAUUCCGCAUCCCUGGUUUGGGAGGUCCUGCAAGCGUGGAGGCGCUGGCAGCUAAAGGGCAGACAGAAGCUUCACAGAACUGGAUUCCCAAACCUUCAGGUUUUCACCAGCUCUCAGUGGAUGCACUGGCCCCUGAGAAGGUCCGAAAGGAGCUUACGGCGCUGAAAGCUCGCUCCUGGGCUGCAGCGGCUGGCGUGUGACUCAUGACUCCGUGUGACCCAAAAGCGCC